GUUUGGCCGCCGCCGCCGCCGCCGCGGGCCCCGUGAGGAGGAGCCGCCGCCGGGAGCGCGGGCCCGGCACCGCCGCGCCGCCAUGGGCAACCGGGGCAUGGAGGAGCUCAUCCCGCUGGUCAACAAGCUGCAGGACGCCUUCAGCUCCAUCGGGCAGAGCUGCCACCUCGACCUGCCGCAGAUCGCCGUGGUGGGCGGGCAGAGCGCCGGCAAGAGCUCGGUGCUCGAGAACUUCGUGGGCCGGGAUUUCCUUCCCCGUGGCUCUGGGAUCGUCACUCGCCGGCCUCUGAUCCUGCAGCUCAUCUUCUCCAAGACGGAAUAUGCCGAGUUCCUGCACUGCAAAUCCAAGAAGUUCACGGAUUUCGACGAGGUGCGGCAGGAGAUCGAGGCGGAGACCGACCGGGUGACGGGCACCAACAAGGGCAUCUCCCCCGUGCCCAUCAACCUGCGCGUGUACUCCCCCCACGUGCUGAACCUGACCCUGAUCGACCUGCCCGGGAUCACCAAGGUGCCCGUGGGGGAUCAGCCGCAGGACAUCGAGUUCCAGAUCCGGGACAUGAUCCUGCAGUUCAUCAGCAGGGAGAGCAGCCUGAUCCUGGCCGUCACCCCGGCCAACAUGGACCUGGCCAACUCGGACGCGCUCAAGAUGGCCAAGGAAGUGGAUCCGCAGGGCCUGAGGACCAUCGGGGUCAUCACCAAGCUGGACCUGAUGGACGAAGGCACCGACGCCCGGGACGUGCUGGAGAACAAACUGCUGCCCCUGCGGAGAGGCUACAUCGGGGUGGUGAACCGCAGCCAGAAGGACAUCGAUGGCAAGAAGGACAUCAGGGCCGCGCUGGCGGCCGAGCGCAAAUUCUUCCUGUCGCACCCGGCCUACCGGCACAUGGCCGAGCGCAUGGGCACGCCGCACCUGCAGAGGGUGCUCAACCAGCAACUGACCAACCACAUCCGGGAGUCGCUGCCCUCGCUGCGCAGCAAGCUGCAGAGCCAGCUGCUGUCCCUGGAGAAGGAGGUGGAGGAGUACAAGAACUUCCGACCCGACGACCCCGCCAGGAAAACCAAAGCCCUGCUGCAGAUGGUGCAGCAGUUCGGGGUGGACUUUGAGAAGAGGAUCGAGGGCUCGGGGGACCAGGUGGACACUCUGGAGCUCUCCGGGGGCGCCAGGAUCAACCGGAUUUUCCACGAGAGGUUCCCCUUUGAGCUCGUCAAGAUGGAAUUCGACGAGAAGGAUCUGAGGCGGGAGAUCAGCUACGCCAUCAAGAACAUCCACGGGGUGAGGACGGGGCUGUUCACGCCAGACCUGGCCUUCGAGGCCAUCGUCAAGAAGCAGGUGGUGAAGCUGAAGGAGCCGUGCCUGAAAUGUGUGGAUUUGGUGAUCCAGGAGCUCAUCAACACCGUGCGCCAGUGCACCAGUAAGCUGGGCUCGUACCCCAGGCUGCGGGAGGAGACCGAGCGCAUCGUCACCACCCACAUCCGCGAGCGGGAGGGCAAAACCAAGGACCAGAUCCUGCUGCUCAUCGACAUCGAGCUCUCCUACAUCAACACCAACCACGAGGAUUUCAUCGGCUUUGCCAACGCCCAGCAGCGGAACACGCAGAUCAACAAGAAGAGAGCGAUCCCAAACCAGGGGGAGAUCCUGGUGAUCCGCCGGGGCUGGCUCACCAUCAACAACAUCAGCAUCAUGAAGGGCGGCUCCAAGGAGUACUGGUUCGUGCUCACGGCCGAGUCGCUCUCCUGGUACAAGGACGAGGAGGAGAAGGAGAAGAAGUACAUGUUGCCUUUGGACAACCUGAAAAUCAGGGACGUGGAGAAGGGAUUCAUGUCCACCAAACACAUCUUCGCCAUCUUCAACACGGAGCAGAGGUGGGCGAUCCUCCCGACGGAGAGUGAGGACGGCGCCCAGGAGAACACCUUCUCCAUGGACCCGCAGCUGGAGAGGCAGGUGGAGACCAUCCGGAACCUCGUGGACUCCUACGUGGGCAUCAUCAACAAAUCCAUCCGGGACCUCAUGCCAAAGACCAUCAUGCACCUCAUGAUCAACAAUACCAAGGAUUUCAUCCACUCGGAGCUGCUGGCCUUCCUGUACUCGUCGUCGGACCAGGGCAGCCUGAUGGAGGAGUCGGCGGAGCAGGCGCAGCGCCGCGACGAGAUGCUGCGCAUGUACCACGCGCUCAAGGAGGCGCUGGCCAUCAUCGGCGACAUCAGCACCAGCACCGUGUCCACGCCCGUGCCCCCGCCCGUGGACGACACCUGGCUGCAGCCCGGGCCCGGCCACAGCCCUCUGACCGUCCCAGCCCACCCCUCUGACCGCCCGGUUCCGUUUGCCUCUGGCCCCGCGUCGCCCCUGCCCCCCGCCCCCCUCUGCCCGCCCCCGUUGCCCCCCAGGAGGCCCCCGGCGGCCCCGAGCCGCCCGACCAUCAUCCGCCCCGCCGAGCCCUCGCUGCUGGAUUAACCGUGGGAUGCGCGCCCUGCCCGUGCCAGCAGCGCCGCCCGGCAGCCGGAGAAACGGGGAAAAACGGGGACAAAACGGGGAAAAACCAGCCCGGAGCCAGCCCGGAGCUCCUGGGGCUGAUCCCAAAUCCCAGAGCUGAUCCUGGGGUGGAUCCCAGGGCGAUCCCGGUCCCGGCCCGGCGGGGGCAGCUCCCGGGCAGGUCCCUGCAGCUGAUCCUGGCAGCUCCGGGGCCCCCCCGGUGCCCCCCCCGGUGCUCCCGGUGCCCCCCGGGCCGCGGCGGGGGCGGGGGCGGGGGGGGGACGUUGCACUUUGUCACAAUUCCCGAGGGGGGAGGGCCCGGCCCCGCCUCUGCCUUCCUCCCCCCUCCUCCUCCUCCUCCUCUGUUCCCCAAUUCCGGGGAUUUUGCCCCAAACCCACCCGCGGCUCCUCCCCCGCCCCCUCCCAGGGGUUUUUUUUUGGUUUUUUUUGGGGUUUUUUUUGGGUUUUUUUUUUUGGUUUUUUGUUGUUUUUGGGUUUUGGUUUUUUUUUUUAAAGAAUUGGGGUUUUUGAGCAGGGGAAAACACUGGAAUUCCCAGAGGGAUCCCAAUUCCCUGAGAACCUCAGGAAUUUCACCCCGGGAAUGACCCGGGAGAGGAGGAGGAGGAGGGGGAGGGGAAGGGGGAGGAAGCUGCGGCCCCCCGGGGUGGGGGAGGGGCGGGGGCUUUGCUCUGGAAGCUUCUCCCCUUCCCCCCCCCGUUCCCGAUCCCGCUCCGCCGGGAGCCGAGGUUGUAAAUAUUUUUACAGACUUGUAUUAAUUGUAUAAAAAAAAAACCAUUAAAAAAAAAAAAAGGAGGGAAAAAUUAAAAAAAAAAACCACAAAAAAAAAAACAAACCAGGAAAAAAAAACAAAACAAAAAAAAAAAAAAAGGAACAAAUGGCGGCCCAGCAAUAAUGUGGAUUUUUCCGACCCCCCCCCCCCGGCCCCGGUGCCUUAACGACCCCCCGGCUCGGGGGGGCCAAUUAAUCCAUUAACGAGCCGGGGGCGGUUUAGGGGGGGCGGCUCCGGCCCCCCCCGGGGGUCCCCCCGAAGUGCCUCCGCUCCGCGUCCCAUUAAUGAACUAAAAACCGGCAAAAAAAUCCGAAU